UCUUCCCCCACCCUUAUUCUUGAGCUGGUUACAGCCCUCCUGAGCUGACCGUGUGUGCCUCAUUGUUCAUAAGGCAGCACUGCAGCACUUGCAAAGAGACAGACCCACCCCAGCUCUCUUGACUGCCUCACAUUCUCUUUUCUCUUCCAUCCAGUGACAUCCUCCAGAUCUCUUCACCACCAGCUACCAUGGCUAGCACUAUGUCAGUUCACGCUCAGCCUCAGAUGUCUGGGAAGGAUAUGAACUCCAACAGAAUUGUGGAAGCUUACAAGGAGAAAAUUAAAGAGAUGUCCAUGCUGUCUCUGAUCUGCUCCUGUUUCUACACCCAGCCACAUCCCAACAGCAUCUACCAAUAUGGGGAUAUGGAGGUUAAGCCCAUUAACAAGAGGGCCUCUGGGCAGUCCUACGAGGUGAUACUGAAGGCCCCAGCUGACCUGUCUCCAGACCGCCCCCAGCCCCUCUCCUCCCCCCCUAAGAAGAAGGACAUGUCCCUGGAUGAUCUGCAGAAGAGGCUGGAGGCUGCAGAGGAAAGGAGGAAGUCCCAGGAAGCUCAGGUGCUGAAGCAGCUGGCUGAGAAGCGUGAGCACGAGCGAGAGGUUCUGCACAAGGCCCUGGAGGAGAACAACAACUUCAGCAGAAUGGCCGAGGAGAAACUCAACUACAAGAUGGAGGUCAACAAGGAGAACCGGGAGGCCCUCCUAAAUGCUCUCAAGCAGCGACUCCGUGAUAAGGAAAGGCAUGCAGCUGAGGUCCGUCGAAACAAGGAACUGCAUGCUGACCUCUCUGGAUGAAGACAUUUUCUACAACUUUAUCAAGAAAUUCCACAUCUCAAGAGUUUUGGCUAGGAAAAAAAAAAACUGCAACUUUUUUUUUUAUAUUUCUGUAUCCAAGCUCCUGCAUUGUUCUCCAUCUACAAUAUUAUAAUUAGAAACAAUUGACGAUUAGAAUAUUACUGCUAGUCUAUCCACAAUUUAUUGCUCUGUAUUCUGCUUAUGAACAUUUUCCUAAACUAAUGUUGAUUUAUUAGGUCAACCUUUAGGUUUUUAUUAUCAAGGAGGUGGUUUUGAAAUGUGCAUUACAAAUAUUGCUUCGGAAAAAAAAAAAAAAAAAUCAGUCAGGGUGAAUGAAAUGCAAAACCAAGGUUUAAAUUCAAUGUGUUUCCCAUUUUAUUGGAUUAGGUUAAGGAAGACAGAAAGUAUACGUUUGUGGUUUAUGCCUCUCUUUAAAAUAUUAAACACUGGUUUGAUCACACUAUAUAAUGGUUUCAAAGUUUUGUCAAUUUAAAUUCUGCACUUGCGUAAAGGAAAUAUUAACAUCUGUACUUAAACUGACAAGCAAAUUGAAGCACAAUAUUACUCUUUAUACAUCUCACAGUAAUCCAAAAUCUAAAGGUUGAAUGUCAUGAUUAUUAAAAAGACUGUCAUCGACGUCAUUGUAUAUUAUAAUUGUGUGUUCCAAAUAUCUACUGAUCUUAUGUACGUGUGCAAGAAUUGCUUGAGCCAAAUUAUUUUGUCUUCUUACUGCAGUAGUGGUAGUACGACAUAGAAGAGACAAAAUCUGCAAGAUAUUACGCUGUACAAGAGUGUUUGCUUGACGUGGAAUUCUGACUUGAAGCUUGUUCUUUCUUUCUGUAAAUAUCUUUUGUUAUUAAUAUCAGGAUUGCAUUUUACAAGAUAGUACUUAACCUAGUCAUUCAUUAUAUUGCAUCUCACCGCUGCAUCACCUGUCAGGUUAGUCCUGCAGUUUGUAUAUACCUGUCAGAAAUGUUACCACGAUAAGGCUGAUUAUGGUGCUUUGGAGUGCUGCAGUUCCUCUCUUAACCAGGGGAGGGAGUGUAUUAACACCAGUACGCUGCAGCUCGCUCACCAGAAACUUACUCAAUUAGUCAAAAGGGGGUUUCAGUGGGUUAAAUAACAAUCCAAAUUUAGAAAAUAUACAGUAUUUUGACCAGGGAAUUUGAGUUAACAAAUUGACAAAUUAUUCAGCUUUUACACUGAAGGUAGAAAGGAAUUUGUGUUUGUCUACAUGAGUUUGUUUAAUAGUUAGAAUUGUUUAAUACAGUUAGGAUUUAUGUUUAGUGUUUAAAGAUAUGCCUAUGGUAUUUGAAUAAUUUGUGAGAGGCUGAGAAUAAUUUUAAGGAACGCAAAACAGUUCAUGGUCAUUUUACGAAACAUGUAGCAAAGUGAUCUGUCUUACAUUAAUUUUCUGUAGAAUGUUUUUAUUCUUAAAAGGACAUUAAUGUAUUUAGACUCGUUUUUUGUUGUUGUUUUAGUUAACGCUCCCUGAAUUCUUUAAAAUAAUUAUAAUAAAAGCUAAAUACCACACAAAACAUCUAGGUAUUAGCUAAGAAGUGCCAGUUUUCAUAAAAACCGUAGUAACUUGUCUGUUGGUGGCCAGUUAUGUUUAUAACCUUGCCUUAACCUUGCCUCCUGUACACUGUUCCUUGUGCUGUAUCUUCUUUGUUUGCCGAAGUCUGUGGAAGGCCCUGUUUGACACAGCUUUGGAUAAUUCCCUGCUGAAUUAUCCUAAACUCCUUAAAAAUACUGAUCAUAACUUUACCACAUUACAUUUUGUAGAGGAUUAAAAUGUGCCAUCUUCCAUAGUCCAUAAUGAUAACAGUCAAAGGACACCCUUACAGCUACCUGUAUAACAUAUGUUAGGAUCUCUCACCUGCAGUUCAGUGUCAACUUGGGUUUGUUAUUGUGAACAGAAGUGAUAAUGAAUAAUAAUAAAGUUGGUAAUACACCAUGAA